UUUGAUACUAUGUAUUAGGAUUAGAAUUGUGAUUUUUAUUUCAAACGCCUCAUAUCUAAAACCGGAAAAGGAAAAUCACAGAGUAAUAGGUUGGGUUUUGUUUGAAUUUUAGGCGCCACUCCAACCCAAGUCCAAUCAGCGGAGACUAACGUCAUCAGGGGGAAGGUUGCACUUGUAGGAUAUAAAAACCUAUGUCCGCCCCAACUUUAUACAUUCUGAACAUUAGACAACUGCGAAAUGGCUAGAACUAAGCAAACCGCUCGUAAAUCUACCGGAGGUAAGGCUCCAAGGAAGCAACUUGCUACCAAGGCUGCACGUAAAAGCGCACCGGCUACUGGUGGCGUGAAGAAGCCUCAUCGUUACAGGCCCGGCACUGUGGCCCUGAGGGAAAUCCGUCGCUACCAAAAGUCUACUGAGCUGUUGAUCCGCAAGUUGCCUUUCCAGCGUCUGGUCAGGGAAAUUGCCCAAGACUUCAAGACAGACCUGCGCUUCCAGAGCUCUGCUGUCAUGGCUCUUCAAGAGGCUAGUGAGGCUUAUCUGGUUGGUCUAUUUGAGGACACCAACCUAAGACAACCAGAAAUAAUGUCCGGUAGAGGAAAAGGAGGCAAGGGACUCGGUAAGGGAGGCGCUAAGCGUCAUCGCAAGGUUCUUCGUGAUAACAUCCAGGGUAUCACAAAGCCCGCUAUCCGUCGUCUGGCUCGUCGUGGUGGUGUGAAGCGUAUCUCUGGCCUCAUCUACGAGGAGACUCGUGGUGUGCUGAAGGUUUUCCUUGAGAAUGUGAUCCGUGAUGCUGUCACCUACACCGAGCACGCCAAGAGAAAGACCGUGACCGCCAUGGAUGUUGUUUAUGCUCUGAAGCGCCAGGGCCGCACUCUGUACGGCUUCGGCGGUUAAAGAUUUGAUCACACAUUUAAACGGACCCCAAAGGCUCUUUUAAGAGCCACCCAAUUGCCUUACAAAGCCUCUAUCUCAACAUUUAUGUUUUCAUGACGCCAACCCGUACUAUAAAAAGUGUUACCAAUCAUUUAAGAUUCCCUAGUAACCCAUAAUUUCAAUUUUAUCAUAUCAGUUCACAUACAGAUGCCAAGGUCAUGAUCAGAAUAUUUGUUUAAUAUUUCAGCAGGGUGUGAUUCAACAGCAUUUCAGGUUUAUUAAAAACAGCAAUGUGCCAUCUAACGUUAGAUUAGACCUACAUGUUGAUUAGAUCAGGUAAUACAUUUCUGUGCCAAAGCU